AUGCACAGGCAGAACGUGACCGCGGGACAGAUGAAUCUCUUUGGAGGUGACGAGGAAGCACCAACGGCAACCCUAACACUUGUCGAUGCUCCCGAAUAUGACCCCUUGGAACGGCUUAUGCGGGAAAAGGAACAACUCGGUUUCUAUGUUUCUGGACACCCACUUGAGGAAUAUAGCGACAUCAUUGAAAACUACACAAGUGCAAGCACCCAAACCCUCGUUGAACACCGUAUCGACUCUGAGGUUGAUGUAGCGGGAUUGAUAACGGAGGUUAAAAAUAUCACCACCAAGAAAGGGGCUCCUAUGGCGGUGAUUGGACUGGAGGAUUUGGAAGGCGCGAUAGAGAUUGUCAUUUUUCCAGAGGCAUACAAAACCGCCGGAAACCUCGUUGAAGGCAGGGUUGUUUGGAUUCGCGGGAAAGUCAAUAUCAAUCAGAAUAGCAGGAAUCGGAGGUCUGAGAAUGGCGACACCGAAAGGGAAGAGCGUCAGAUACAGGCAGAUCGGGUGAUAGAUAUUGAAUCUGUCAGUGAGCAACAGACAUCUGCUCUUGAGGUGACGAUUCCGGAAUCUGAUAUUGAAAAUGUUGAGAAACUGGAAAGGCUUCAGAAAAUUGCCCGUGCGAACAGGGGCGAAUUGGACCUGAUUCUACGUCUCAUGAGCCCUCGUUACGGGGAAGUUAUCGCGCGGUGUAAUCAAAAGUAUAAUGUGGCAUAUGAACCGCAGGUUAUUGAACAGGUAGAGGGGUUAUUUGGGGAAAAUUGUGUCAAGCGGAGCAACCGCACGAUACGCGGGAAUAAAGCCCGCACCUCACAGAUGGAUUUUGUGUAA